GCCAAAAUGUCAGAAAGAUCAGAUAUUCUUCACUUCAAGUUUGACAAUUAUGGGGAUUCGAUGUUACAGAAAAUGAACAAACUGAGGGAAGAAAACAAAUUUUGUGAUGUUGUGGUCCAUAUAGAUGACAUUGAAGUUCGUGGGCAUAAAAUUGUAUUUGCUGCUGGCUCUCCGUUUUUAAGAGAUCAGUUCUUACUGAACGACUCCCGAGAUGUAAAAAUCUCCAUCCUGCAGAGCUCAGAAGUGGGGAAGCAGCUGCUUCUGUCCUGCUACAGCGGCGUUCUGGAGUUCCCUGAAAUGGAACUGGUGAACUACCUGACCGCCGCCAGCUUUCUGCAGAUGAGCCACAUCGUGGAGCGAUGUACACAGGCCCUCUGGAAGUUCAUAAAGCCAAAGCAGCCGCUGGAGAGCAAGGAGUGUGAACAGCAGAGUGACUCCUCUGAGCUGAAGGAACAUCAAGGAGACGAUGACUCUCUGCAGCAAGAUUCACCUUGUAUUCAACCUUCAGAAGACAGUAUGGACAUGGAGGAUAGCGACAUUCAGAUCAUCAAGGUGGAGUCCAUCGGGGAGGUGACAGAAGUUAGGAACAAGAAGGAUCAGAACCAGUUUAUUUCCUCUGAACAAACUGCACUGCAUUCCUCAGAGCCUCAACACUUUCUUAUUAACUCCACUGUUGAAAACAGAGCAAGUGAAAUAGAGCAAAACCACCUCCACAACUAUGCCCUUUCCUACGCCGGCAGCGACAACAUCAUUCUGGCCUCUAAGGAUAUGUUUGGGCCUAACAACCGGGGUAUAGACAAAGGCCUCCAGUGGCACCAUCAGUGUCCAAAGUGCACAAGAGUGUUCCGGCAUCUGGAAAACUAUGCUAAUCACUUAAAGAUGCAUAAACUAUUCAUGUGUCUCCUCUGUGGCAAGACGUUCACUCAGAAGGGCAAUCUCCACCGGCACAUGAGAGUGCACGCAGGCAUCAAACCCUUCCAAUGUAAGAUCUGUGGGAAAACGUUCUCUCAGAAGUGUUCCUUACAGGACCACCUCAACCUGCACAGUGGGGACAAGCCCCAUAAGUGUAACUACUGUGACAUGGUGUUUGCGCACAAACCUGUUCUGAGGAAACAUCUUAAACAGCUACAUGGUAAAAAUAGCUUUGACAAUGCCAAUGAAAGGAACGUUCAAGACAUAACGGUGGACUUCGACUCGUUCACUUGUAGUGCUGCUACAGACAGCAAGGUCUGUCAGCAGGGCGAUGCAGGCCAGGUACUGGAUGCAGGGAAGCUGCCUCAGGCUGUGCUCGGUUUAAGAAAUGACAGUACCUGCGUCAAUUAAGCAAUUAAAAGCGGCCCUGUGUAGGGAUUGGGACUGAGAGGAGCAAAUGGUUGGUUUGUGCUCUUGCCUAAACUAGUGGUAAUGCCCUGAAAGGCUACAGAUGGAUGACGGGUUGGAUUGCAAAACCUGGCAGGUCUUCAGGCACCGUUCUUAGUCUUACUUGGUGUUUUCUGUGAACAGCAAUCUUCCUUCAGGUCUCUGUCUGCGUCUCUACUGUGGAUUACGGGGUUAACUGUUUCAUUUCUCUCUGAUUAGGAGACUCAAGACUAACACUUUUUGAAAGACUGUUGGUGUGGGCUGCAAGUAAACCAUCUGCUGUGCAUUUAGAGACCUCUUUGUGUCUGGGCAGAUGGAGGAAAGAGCACAGGGGACAAGUCUGUGAAAUAACCUGAUUUUUUUUUUUUUAAGCACUGGAUAACUGAAAGCACUCCGUAAAGCUAAAUUUAAACUUACCUCUUAAAAGUUAUCUUUCUCUGAUCUUACCCCUACGUUGAAAUGAAGUAUUUUUGUGUCACUUUUUUCCCCCCCUUCUAACUAUUUCAAGAAACCUCUGCUGCCAAUCAGUGCUAUCUUAAAAGCUCU